CAUGCCGGGAGGGCGGCGCCGUUGCCAUGGUGACGCGGCCUGGUCGCGGCCUACACGCAGGGAUGGAGGCCUCGAUCCCGGCCCAGGCCCCGAUCCCGGCCCAGAUCCCGGCCCCUCUCACGGGCAUUCCCUUCCUAAAGGCCUCCCACCUCCAGCUGGGCGCUGACCGCGUUGUCCCGCAGGACAGCCGGCCGUUUUCUCACGUUCAAUUCCCCCCUAUCUGGGGGGAUCACAAGCCGAUGCCGGCAGAGCUGCCCCGCAGCGGGGAUGUGUUGAACCAGAGCUUGGCUGUGGGUGGGGCGCAGUGCUCAGAAACGCGCCUGGCGUUCCCGGAGAAGCCCCUGCAGCGCCUCGAACCCCUCCCGCCCCCAGCACCCGGCAUCCGAAUGCACGCGGACCCCCGCAUUAGUGUCUGCUCCACAACAAUGAGGGACAGCUUCCCCUGCCAUGCAGCCUCCCCAACACAACCCGCCAUCCCCAAAGCGCAGGAGACCAGAGAUCGAGUUAUUUGUGGGGACAGGGAGAAAAUCAGGCUCCCUCCAUCAGUCCACACCACCUCAUAUCCAGCACAUGAUGUCCAUCCUGCUGCCAGGGCACAUCCCUCAUACAAGGGUUGUGAUCCCAUUAUUAAAGAGGAUGGACAGCCCUCUUACCACACUUCUCAUCAAAUGCAGUUUAAAGGUGAACACAGUCCACCUGCAAAGCUAAGUGAGAAGCACAAAUCUCGUAUUAUAUUUGGAGAUCCCAGAAGCAGUGGAUCUGUGAGUGAGCAGAAAUACGCCUACACGGCCCCAGCCAAAAGGGAGCACAGAUUCUAUGACAAGGAACGUGCUGUCUUCCAGAUCCACCACACAAAUGUGCAGCAAGGGGAUGGUCGCACCAGGUUCUCCACCACGGUGUCAGAGCACUUUCCAGUACAUAAUGCAGAGCCUGUUGAUAUUGUCCGUAGGAACAAAAACACUUCAUCCAUCCUCAAAAGUGAAGAAGACCUGGAGAGAAUUACCACAACACGGUCGUCUUACCCAGAGACCGGCAGGUGGAACUUCUCACCAAAGCCUGACUUGCAGAAACAUCGAAGCAAUGUCUGCUUAGGAGAUGACCGUUCAGGCUCCAGUUUCUUCAGCACAACGCAGCACUCAGACUAUCAGACACCACACCAGCCCCAGAGGGUGACAGGAUACAGCAAGAAACUCCGUGAGAGCCACCUACCCUUCGACUACUACAAUGAAAAUCCCAUCUCAAUCACAAAGGCUACGCUGGUCCCACACAGACAGCUGAAGCAACGACUCUUUGAAGACAUACGACAGCAGAUGAAACGCUCACACCUGGUGAUGCCCUGGAAGGAGCAGAACUUCUUCAGUACCGAGCAGAAGGAUGAGUUCACACCCAAGGACAGAGACAUAGCAGAAAUCCAAGCAACAAAGUCCUACGAGAGCAGCAUCCCACUGGGGACCCUGAAAAAAUACGGCUCCCAGAGGAAGGUGGUCUUCUCACAGUGAUGCCCCCCUCCUCCCUGCUUACCCAGAACUUCCAGCAAUAUCGACUGCCUGUGUUGUGUGUUACCUAGCUGUUGUGCUGCUGCUGUUCUGGCCCUGCUCCUGGCCCAGCUGUGUUUUAUUACAGGGAAUAUUUAUUUCAAGAGUUGAAUGAGGACACGAAGCAUUAUGAUAGCAAUAAACACCAGGGGAUUGGCCCAAAGACAUGGGUGACACCUCUCUCUGGA